CCAUUGCGAAGCGAUCAAGAUUAUUGAACACACCUUUGGCUAUGGCUGUUACCGCUCUUAGGUUACAAUCUUUCAAUCUUGUUUGCAAGUGUUUAUAUCUUUUUGGAGUAUGUACCAUGUUUGCUUCAUUUCCUUUGUUUGGGGGUGCUGUGGGUACCGACAUUCGAACAGAAUGCACGAACGACAAGAUCCGGCUUAGCCACCCUCAACUUGCUGAUCCUAUCCAGGAAAAGUCUUACAAAGAGCUGAUCUGGACUGUUGACGAUCCAGAAAAGCAAGGCCAGGACAAACAAAAGCUCGUGUAUUGUAACGAGUAUUUUAAAUGCCACAAGUAUAACAUCACUGGGAGAUAUCAGCAGAGAAUUGAGACAACAGCUGCCGUGCGGGGUGUGCUUUACAUCAAACAGAAGAAGUUCAACGAUAAACUCACGUACACAUGCCGCGUGAUACAUAAAGGAAACAAGCCUCCGUGUGAUCACACGAUCACAGUCAGUUCUUCAGCAAAUUGCUUGUCCACGACUGUUGGUAAAAGCAUCGACCUGAGCCGUCCGAUUCAUGGAAAAUUUUCAAAGAAUGACAUGGAAGACAUAUCAUGGUACAGGAUUCUUCAGGAUGGUGGAAAGGAAAAAAUUGCGCACUGCAGUCCAUCCAGGGUUUUGUGCACAUUGAUCAAUUGCACAAGAUCUUGUCCAGAAUAUUUAACAAGGUUAAAGACAGACGGACUGUCAGUCAUCCUGACAAAAGUCACGCCCAAUGACCGCGGAUUAAGAUUUCAAUGUGAGUUACAUCCCAUCGGAAUCCAACGGGCACCUCGAGUUUACAUCAUUCGGGUGAGAGAUGUCGCCUUACCCCGACCAGCUGUCGACGGAUCAACUUCACCCUCCAUUAAGACAGCACAGCCCACCCGAGCCAACGCUCGAUCUUACACUAUGAACAACAGUUGGCAAGCACCUGUAUUAAACGUCUCUGUUAUUUGGGUGAUCAUACAGUUCAUGAUCUCAGUUUGCUCCAUGCCAUAGAAACAGCAGGAGAAACCACAAGCUUGUUCAGUGGAAACUUUACUACAGAUCCUUGACUGCGAAUAAUAGCAUCCAAAUAUCUUGGGCUAUCAUUGCAUAAGACAAAAGAUUGUCAUUAAAUCUCUUGCCUGAGAAAGGAACAUUCACCCACAAAGAGAAGACUGUGCGAAAACACAAAAUGUAUAUUUAUUAAGAGAAAUAUGCUCAAAGUUUUAAAUAUAACGCUUCCACUUUCUAAAAUAUUGCGCGAUAAUAUAUAAAAUAAGCCUCUAAAAAUUCCAAAAUUAUUUUUUAAAAUGUUCAAUUGUUCGCUAUUUAAUUGGUGUAAGCCUUCUUAAUUCAAUGAAACACAAGCAUUAUGGCAAAUUAUUUACGUAUCUGUAAAGCUUGCUCAAGCUGACUAAUCGUCAGCUUUGAUAAACAGCAAUUCGUAUUUGUGACUGUUGAAUUGUCUAAGUCUCUGUAAAAAUCUCACCUGUAGAAUCAUGAUCGAAAUGGAUAAAUGAUUCUUAGCUUACAGCACUGAUGUUCGAAUCAGGACAAUGAAAGACCACACCAAUUGUAUAAAGUUCUGUCACCUUGAUAAUACGCUCCCAAUCUACAAGAGGAUGGUUCGUCAUCUCUUUUUCAUAACGGAUAUCUAAAUGUGAAGUUUUAAUCUUUACUUUAAACUCACUUUAGACAAACGUUUGUAAAAACAGCUGUUAAUAUAAGGUUGAAUUGAUACUGUGAGGUUACCUUGCAAAUAAAAUGUCCAAGAUUACAUAUA